AUGGAAUCCAAUCAGAAAGCAAGCGGGGACGGGCUGGCGGGGACGCCGAAGGAGGCAGCACUGCGAGCGCUCAUGCAACGCACAGGAUACCAACUGCAGCAGGAGAACGGCCAGCGGCGGUACGGAGGCCCGCCGCCUGGCUGGGACGGGCCGCCACCGGAGAGAGGCAGCGAGAUCUUUGUGGGGAAGCUACCGAGAGAUCUGUUUGAAGACGAACUGGUUCCACUCUGUGAGAAGUUCGGUAAGAUCUACGAGGUGAGGAUGAUGAUGGACUUUAACGGGAACAACAGAGGUUACGCCUUCGUCACCUUCAACACCAAACAGGAGGCCAAAGCAGCCAUGAAGCAGCUCAACAACUAUGAGAUCAGGAAUGGCCGCCUCCUGGGAGUUUGUGCCAGCGUGGACAACUGCCGUCUGUUUGUAGGCGGGAUUCCCAAAACCAAGAAGCGCGAGGAGAUCCUGACUGAGAUGAGGAAGGUCACUGAUGGGGUUGUGGACGUCAUCGUGUACCCCAGCGCUGCCGACAAAUCUAAGAACCGAGGCUUCGCCUUCGUCGAGUACGAGAGCCACCGAGCAGCCGCUAUGGCCCGCCGCAAACUGCUGCCAGGUCGUAUUCAGCUGUGGGGUCACGCCAUCGCCGUGGACUGGGCGGAGCCUGAGGUGGAGGUGGACGAGGAUACCAUGGCAACUGUCAAGAUACUCUACGUCAGGAACCUGAUGCUGCAGACCACCGAGGAGACCAUCGAGAAGGAGUUUAACAGCCUCAGACCAGGUGCAGUGGAGCGAGUGAAGAAGAUCAGAGACUACGCCUUCGUCCAUUUUACUCAGAGAGAAGACGCCAUCAACGCCAUGAACGCCCUCAACGGAAAGAUGGUUGACGGGUCUCCUAUCGAGGUGACUCUGGCUAAGCCGGUGGACAAGGACAGUUAUGUCCGUUACACCAGAGGGACUGGCGGGCGGGGAGGACCUCUGCUGCAGACCGACUACACUGCCUACACUCUGGGACAGGUUUACGACCCCACGGCAGCGUAUCUUGGUCCGCCCGUGUUUUAUGCCCCUCAGGCCUACACCGCCAUACCAGGUCAGUUUCGCUUCCCGCCGGCCAAAGCUCCAGUUGGAGGCCGAGGUCUGAUCAGGACGCCGUCUGUUAGAGAAAUUUACAUGACUGUACCUGUAGGGGCUGCCGGGGUGCGGGGGCUGGGUGGGCGGGGCUACCUGGCCUACGCUGCCGGGGUCGGAGCCAUGGGUCGAGGCGGCAGCGCCUCCUAUGGCCUGAAGGUGGACAAGCAGGCGGAGGAGAAGCUGUAUGACCUGCUGCCGGGUAUGGAGCUGACCCCCAUGAACCCCGCCUCCAUGAGCCUGAAGGCCACCGCCAUCAAACCUGCACCACAGAGCGAGGUCCUCUGA